AUGUCUUCCGCAGUAGCUGAACUGGAGAAUCUCCUCCAGUCGAUGCUGGCUCUCAAGCCGCCUGGUGUAUCCGGCUCCAAAAUUGGCGGCAUUACAAACCUAUGCAGUGCCAACGUACAGAAUGAAUCAGUUCUCAUCCAGAAGAUUUACACUCACUUCAAGAAGGCCCCGGGCACCCACAAGCUGGGUGUGCUUUAUGUGGUAGAUUCAGUAACUCGACAAUGGGUAGAGGCUGCCCGUAAGGCUGGACAGACCCCGGGGAGUGAUGCGCCUGAUGGCACUUUCGCCGCAGGUGUCAAGCGUGUCACUGAUCUCUUGCCUGUCUUGAUGACAGAUAUCAUUAGCAAUGCUCCACACGAUCAAAAGGACAAGAUCAAAAAGCUGGUAGACAUUUGGGAGCGCGGUGCGACCUUCCCGUCAUCCAUGCUUGCUUCGUUCAAGGACAAGUUGAAUGCCGCUCAAAACGCCGAAUCCAACACCCCCGAGGGAUCUCCUGCGCCGAAUGCGAACCCGCUCGGAAUUCCGCAACAGCCGGCCGCCCCCGAUACCUCCAGCAUCCUGAAAGCCUUGGCCGAUAUGGCUAAGCAGAACACUGCUGCACCUUCAGCCCCUGCGACCGUCGCCCCUGCCAAUCCACUCGGUGCCUUCAGCUCCGCCGCUGCGACCCCUGCCGCUGAUCCUGCUUCACAAAUGACUGCUGCGAUGAACAUAUAUGGCGGAGGAAAUGUUGCAACCCCUUUUGCGGGCCUGGCCGGCCUGGCUCAGAACCCUGCGAUCCAACCGCAGAGUCAGAGUGGGACUCCAAACCCGAUGACGGCCCCGAACCCGUUGGCCGCAAUGCUUCCUCAGGGCACGCAGCCUGGUGUUCCGGACCCCAACGCGAUGGCACAGCAGCUCCAACUUCUCCAGAUGCUCGCUAGUCAGGGUAUUCCCCAGGAUCAGUGGGGAACUGCUUUGCAGCUCUUUACCAUGACCAAUGGUGGUAUGGGCGGUUUGCCUGGAAUGCCUGGAAUGCCUGGUGCACCGAUGCCAGGAUUCAAUCCGAUGCAAGCACCCAACGUUGGUGGUUGGGGUCAGCCGGACUCUCAGAACAUGGAUGAUCGUGGCCGCGAGUACCCUCGUUCACCGCCCACUGGAUAUCGUCGUCGUUCUCGCUCGCCUGGCUGGGAUAGACGCCGUGAUGCUUCGCCCCCUCGCCGUCGCGACAGCCCCGUUUAUGGAGAGUAUCAUAACGAAUCUCCCGGUCGCCGUGGAGAUCCUCGCGAUGCCCGGCGUCGUGGUGAAUAUCGCCAGCGUAGCCCUAUGGGCGCUCGUGGUGGUCCUGGUAGACGUCGUUCGCCCUCGCCCGCUCGUAACAAGGAUCCCAAUCUGCCUCCCCCUGGACCUAAGUUCAUUGAAUGGGACUAUUCGAUUGGUCAGGGUAUGAUCAAGGUAUUGAGCCGCACUCUCUUCGUUGGUGGCGUGACCUCCUCGGAGUCUCACCUGCGCCAGCUCUUUGGCCAGUUUGGAAUUGUUCAGACCUGCAUUGUCAACGUCGACAAGCGCCACGCAUUCAUCAAGAUGGUGACUCGCCAGGAUGCGAUGCAGGCACGUGAUGGAAUGGAGUCUUACCGCACCGGUGAAAUGCAACUCAGGACUCGCUGGGGUGUCGGUUUUGGACCCCGUGAUUGCAGUGACUAUCAAACCGGAGUCAGCGUGAUUCCUAUUGAGCGAUUGACUGAGGCUGAUCGCAAGUGGAUGCUCACCGCGGAGUAUGGUGGCACUGGUGGACGCCCGAUUGAAUCUGGAAUGGUUGUUGAGGAACCCGACAUCGAGAUCGGCGCUGGUGUCUCGUCCAAGGCUAUCAGUCGUCGCAUUGCGACUGACACUGGCGGCAAGCGCGGCCCCAUCUCCACUCGCACUGGUCCUAAUCCUCCCGAUUCUCGCUUCGGUGGUCGUCGUGAGCGUGAUGGGUACGGUGGGCCUGACAAUGAAUUGUCUAACAUGAACAAUCCGGGAGUCCCACCUGCUGUCCCUGCGUAUGGGUUCAACUUUGCCAGCAUGCCCAUGCUGCCCCCUGGUUUCAUGAUGGGUGGUGGUCAGGGUGGAAUGCCUGGUACCCAGCCUCCUGGUGGCCAGGGCAACUAA